CAGAGGAUGUCCACCACCACGACUGUCGCCCCUGCGGGGAUCCCGGUGGCCCCGGGCCCUGUGAACCCGCCCCCCCCGGAGGUCUCCAACCCCAGCAAGCCCGGCCGCAAGACCAACCAGCUGCAGUACAUGCAGAACGUGGUGGUGAAGACGCUCUGGAAACACCAGUUCGCCUGGCCCUUCUACCAGCCCGUGGAUGCGAUCAAGCUGAACCUGCCGGACUAUCAUAAAAUAAUUAAAAACCCAAUGGAUAUGGGGACAAUUAAGAAGAGAUUAGAAAAUAAUUAUUAUUGGAGUGCCAGCGAAUGCAUGCAGGACUUCAACACCAUGUUUACAAAUUGUUACAUUUAUAACAAGCCCACAGAUGACAUAGUGCUAAUGGCCCAAGCCUUAGAGAAAAUUUUUCUGCAAAAAGUGGCCCAGAUGCCGCAGGAAGAAGUUGAAUUAUUACCCCCUGCUCCUAAGGGCAAAGGCCGGAAACCGGCUGCAGGAACCCAGAGUGCAGGUACGCAGCAAGUAGCGGCCGUGUCCUCUGUCUCCCCGGCGACCCCCUUUCAGAAUGUGCCCCCUACCGUCUCCCAGACGCCCGUCAUUGCUGCCACCCCUGUUCCAACCAUCACUGCAAAUGUCACGUCGGUGCCCGUCCCCCCAGCAGCCGCCCCACCUCCACCCACGACACCCAUCGUCCCUGUGGUCCCUCCCACGCCACCCGUCAUCAAGAAAAAGGGCGUCAAGCGGAAAGCAGACACGACCACUCCCACGACGUCCGCCAUCACCGCGAGCCGGAGCGAGUCGCCCCCGCCUCUGUCGGACCCCAAGCAGGCCAAGGUCGUGGCCCGGCGGGAGAGUGGGGGCCGCCCCAUCAAGCCCCCCAAGAAGGACCUGGAGGACAGCGAGGUGCCCCAGCACGCGGGCAAGAAGGGCAAGCUGUCGGAACACCUGCGGUACUGCGACAGCAUCCUCCGGGAGAUGCUGUCCAAAAAACACGCUGCCUACGCCUGGCCCUUCUACAAGCCGGUGGACGCCGAGGCCCUGGAGCUGCACGACUACCACGACAUCAUCAAACACCCCAUGGACCUCAGCACCGUCAAAAGGAAGAUGGACAGCCGCGAGUACCCGGACGCACAGGGCUUCGCUGCCGACAUCCGGUUAAUGUUCUCGAACUGUUACAAGUACAACCCUCCGGACCACGAGGUGGUGGCCAUGGCCAGGAAGCUGCAGGACGUGUUUGAGAUGAGGUUUGCCAAGAUGCCGGAUGAGCCGGUGGAGACACCUGCACUGCCAGCCCCCGCGGCCCCCACGGUGAGCAAGGGCGCCGAGAGCAGCCGCAGCAGCGAGGAGAGCUCGUCGGACUCGGGCAGCUCAGACUCGGAGGAGGAGCGGGCCACCAGGCUGGCAGAGCUGCAGGAGCAGCUGAAGGCCGUGCACGAGCAGCUGGCCGCCCUGUCUCAGGCCCCGGUGAACAAACCAAAGAAGAAGAAGGAGAAGAAGGAGAAGGAGAAGAAAAAGAAAGACAAGGACAAGGAGAAGGAGAAGCACAAGGCCAAGUCCGAGGAGGAGAAGAAGGCCAAGGUGGCCCCGCCGGCCAAGCAGGCCCAGCAGAAGAAGGCUCCCGCCAAGAAGGCCAGCAGCACGACCGCGGCCGGCAGACAGCUGAAGAAGGGCGGCCGGCAGGCGUCUGCCUCCUACGAUUCGGAGGAGGAGGAGGAGGGCCUGCCCAUGAGCUACGACGAGAAGCGCCAGCUCAGCCUGGACAUCAACCGGCUGCCCGGGGAGAAGCUGGGCCGCGUGGUGCACAUCAUCCAGUCGCGGGAGCCCUCGCUCAGGGACUCCAAUCCCGAUGAGAUCGAGAUUGACUUUGAGACUCUGAAACCCACCACCCUGCGGGAACUGGAGAGAUACGUCAAGUCUUGUUUACAGAAAAAGCAAAGGAAACCGUUCUCAGCCAGCGGGAAGAAGCAGGCGGCCAAGUCCAAGGAGGAGCUUGCGCAGGAGAAGAAGAAGGAGCUGGAGAAGCGUCUGCAGGACGUCAGCGGGCAGCUCAGCAGCAGCAAGAAGCCUGCACGGAAAGAGAAAGCCGGCUCCGCGCCCUCGGGGGGCCCGUCCAGGCUCAGCAGCAGCAGCUCCUCCGAGUCGGGAAGCAGCAGCUCCAGCGGGUCCAGUUCCGACAGCAGCGACUCGGAGUAGACUCUGGACUUGAACAGAACAAACGAUGUCGCACACGCCGAAACUGCAGCGCCCCCUCCCGUGGUUAAUAUACUACUUUUGUUCCAUGGUGUGCAGGUUUUCUUUUUAAUCCAGUGUUACGGUAUCUCCCAGUUCUGCUUUCGUAGGUCAGAGAUCUGUCCCGUGUGUGCGUUAGACUUUACAAGAAGGUGUGGACUCUGCAUACGGUCCCUUUGUCAUAACUGAAUCCGAGCGCCUGGAGACGACAACUUCGAACGUUAGCCCGAUGGCCGCAGAAAGCCGGGAGAGAUACGAUCUGAAGGGCCUUGCCGAACCCCUUUGUGUGUGCCCAGCCUGGUCAGUGGCUCCAGAAGGAAUGUUGUCCCAGGAAGUUUCUCUGCCGUGGGUACUGUAUUCGAAAGCUGUUACCUUUGCAAACAGGUGUUGUCUUUCUCAUCCGGGCCUCAAGCCCUGGCCCUCGUGUCUGGCGCGGCCGCCUCUUCCUGCAGGGGCGGAGGACAGCCACGCCUGCCCCUCGGAACCAGGCUGGGCCUGAGUGAAGGGUCGUCCCAGCCCAGCCCAGCCCAGCCCAGAGCGCGGAGCGAGCUCCUGGGGCUGGAACGGCUGGGGCCGGCGCCUGGGGAGGGAUGUUGCGUCCUCUGGGCAUGGCGACGUCAGGCGCUCCUGGGAGGGGACGCAGCCGCUGC